AGCCGCGGGCAAAGAGCUGUGUAUAUAUAAAAUGAAAAUCAAAAUAAAUUUCUCUGAAGAUUGAGAAAACAGCAAGCUGAGUUUUGUAUGAACAAUUUAGUUACACAAUGUGCAUUGGAGAUUCAUUGUUCUCUAUUAAGUUACUAUACUUACAAUUUUUAGUGUGACUAACAGUUUAGUUUACACUGCUAUGCUCUUCGCUGUCUAAAUAUGAAUAAAAGUCAAUACCUCACAAUAUAUUAACUUAGUUGAGUAAAAAGCGUUGUGGUGCAUUUUAGUAAAAUUACUAUAAAAAUGUGUACGCUGAAAUGCAUAGUGGUGGCACUGUUGAUCUUAACGAGUGUUACGAAUUCCGCGGAAUCCGCAAAAAUACUUGCGGUAUUUCCCUUUCCGGGUCCUUCGCAGUAUAUAUGUGUGCAGUCGUAUUUGAAGACACUGGCGGCACGCGGACAUGAAGUCACUUCGGUUUCGGCGUUUCCGCAAAAAACACCCUUGAAAAAUUUUCGAGAUUUAACAAUACAUGUAGAUCAAGCUUAUCAUGAUGAGGCGGUAAUCAAUGCGAUAGAUCAAAUCUUUGUUGGUAAAUUGGCUGAGAUGCAAUUUGUUAAGGAAUAUACAGUAAUGACUUCCUUGUUGGUAUUUAAUAAUGAGGACUUCCAACAAUUAUUGCAUUCUGACGAACAAUUCGAUCUUAUCAUUAUCGAAGUAUUCUAUCUAGAUGCGCUUUACGCAUUGGGAAAACAUUUCAAUGCACCUACGAUUGGUGUCUCAUCGUAUGGCGCAGAUAUUGUGAUCGACGAAUUGGUGGAUAAUGUUUCGCCGUUAGCAUAUGUACCAGCGCCUAGCGGCAUGAAUAUGGAUCGUAUGAAUUUCUGGCAACGUUUAGAUAAUUUAUAUGCCAACACCAUGGAGCUUCUGUAUACACAUUUAGUAAUAAUACCUGAACAACAACGGCAGUAUGAAAAGUAUUUUCCCAAUGCGACACUGCGCUUAACAGAUGUACGUCGAGACUUUUCUCUUUUGCUGCUCAACCAACAUUACUCAUUCAGUUGGCCUCGUCCAUUGGUGCCGAAUGCAAUCGAGGUGGCUGGUAUGCAUAUUGAAAACAAACUGAAGAAACUACCAACGGAUAUGGAAGCUUUUAUUAAUGCCUCGUCUAGAGGUGCUAUUUACUUUUCGUUCGGUUCGAAUGUAAAGAGCGCUUCCUUGCCGAAACAAAAAUUGCAAGAGAUUAUGAACGUAUUUGCUUCAUUACCCGUGAACGUGUUGUGGAAAUUCGAGAAGACCGAUCUGCCCGGUAUACCGAAGAAUGUCUUCAUCAACAAAUGGUUUCCACAAUCGGAUGUACUUGCCCAUCCUAAAGUAAAACUGUUCGUUACACAUGGUGGAAUGCACAGUCUGAUAGAGGCGGUACAUCAUGCUAAACCAAUUGUUGGCACGCCAGUCUUUUACGAUCAAUACUUAAAUGUUGAAAAGGCCGUAUAUAAAGGUUUUGGUGUUGCAGUAAAUUUCCGAAAUUUCACCAGCACCGAACUGCGCGAUGCCAUCCUAGAGGUGUUGAACAAUCCCAAGUACACCGAAAGAGCGCGAGAGAUUUCUGCCAGUUUCCAUGAUCGACCUAUGAAUCCGCUCGAUACAGCAAUCUAUUGGACUGAGUAUGUGCUGAGACACAAGGGUGCGCCACAAUUGCGUGUGGCCUCACGUCACUUGAAUUUCUUACAGCGCCAUAGUGUGGAUACAAUGGCUGUGUUGUUUGGUAUUCCAUUAUUGUUGGCUAUAUUUUUAUUCUACGUUGUUUUUCAGGUGCUGGCGGCAUUAUUUAGUAGCAACGAUAAUGCGCAUAAAAAGCGAAAACGUGAUUAAUAAGUUGUUGAAUAGAAUUAUCUAUAUAUUAUAAGUGCUGUUAUUUCAAAUGCUAUUUUUAAGAGGAAACGUAACUAUGAUGAUUAUUGAAGAGUAGUUUGCUCUCUCAGAUAAAUAGUGCUUACACAAAAUUUUCAUUUGCUGAUAACGAAUGUAAUCUUUCUGAGAUUCGCUCUUAUAACUAUAUAAUAUACAAUGGAUAUAACAAAUAAUAAAUUCGUGCAAGUAUUUAGACAAAAGUAUAACUGUAUCAAAAACAUUUUUUUGCAAUAAAUAUGCUUCACAAUUUAUUUGUAGACAGCAAAAGUUA